AUGGUUGGCUAUUGCACAGUGAGCUCAUGCUCCUUUGAAGGAACCCUAAAACAACAUGUUAAAGCAGGUAAAGCUUCAACGCUUAUAAAUGGGAUACUGGAGGAAAUAUGUUUUCAUUUAAGGAAAAGUGCUGUUACCUUCGCAAGUAGAAGUCAAGUGUACAUUUUAAGUCCAGGCCAGCCAAAAGUAAAUGGAAGAAGCCAAUUAAGAUCGCAUUCACUUCUCAACACGUUUGACAAAAAAACCAUGUCUCAGAUUUUUGUCAAGUGCAUUUGAUCUUUUGUUAUAAGCAGUUGAAGUUAGGGAUAGCAAAUCAUUAUCACUACCUGUGAAAAAAUACUGUAACUCAAAAACAAAAAAAGAAAUCAAAAUUCACAGACAAGGUUUUUUAGAAAAACUAUCUGACAGCAAGUUGGCCAAAUUUCAGCUGAAUUGGUUCACGGGUUGGCGACUUGGAGUUUAAAACGUACCCUCAACUUGCCCUGAUUUUCAUUUUGAUAAAAGAGGGGAGAAAGAGCUUUGGCGGCGUAUUACCUGUGACCAGAUUAUAACAGAUUAUAACACCAAAGCUGUCAGUGUUGAUGGAUACCAGAGAAGGUACAAGAAUAGUGACACAGCAGGAAAAGGUUACAAACGCGGCACUUGGCAGGAAUUAUUAAUAAUCUUCUCAUACACUACUCGGCUCCAACGCGAGGAAUUCGAACAGUUUAACUUAGUAACUUUAUAAUUUUCUCUUUAACUUUCCAUAUUUUCUGUAACUGUUACAUGUCCUGUUUGAAUAACACUUGGAAAAACCGUUUUAAUAGGUGGAAAAACAUGCCUAAAACAAAGACCAGAUCGCGGCGGAAGAGAGAGGUAAUCAUUAUCAAGUAUAACAGGACUUGACUUGACCAAAACAAUCACAGCUUGGAGCUCUGUUAACAAGCAUCGUGCUACCAAUUGCUGUGAAAACACUUGCCAUUAAUAUUGUUACUCUUGCCAAAUUUUAGGCUCAAAAUUUGCUCGCAUUAGUAAUUUUCCUUUUUCUUCUUUAAAAAGGCUCUUAAGUAACGCUUCCUUAAUGUGUCAGUUAGUAACCAGAGGUUUCUUUAUCCACCAGUUUAGGUCAAUAUGGUCUUUCUUUAGGUUUUCCAAUUCUGGCCUAUGCAGCAAUACUUGGAACUAUUAUUAUUCAGCUGUAAUAUCAUCACAUAACCCACACACCUUUUACCACAAUACCACUAGCAACCCUUGCAUUCACUUUUUACUGCUUUUUUUGCCAGAAAUAGAAAGUGAAUUCAUUGGUGAACCCCCAUAUACACCUGUAUCCCACACACAUGGUAUUCCUGGUAAAAUAUCAACAAGGGCUGUCUUAGGGCGC